AUGUCUGAGAACCGAGGUGUUUAUGUUGUUCUCUGGUUCUCUGUUGCAGCAGUCCGUAUUGUUCCAGGCCGCCUGCAGCUCUUUGAGUACUCGUCUGUCUCCUUCAGCUGUGAGGGCUUCAAUGUGUCAGCUGGCUGGAGAGUGAGGAACCUGAAGGAAUUUCUUAGAAAAUGUUCGAACAGCACAAAGACAUCAGCUGUGACCUGCACCAUUGACUUUGCCUUUGCAUCAGACAGUGGAGAAUACUGGUGUGAAGGUCCUGGAGGACCAAGAAGCAAAGCUGUCAGCAUCACUGUUACUGCUGGUCCAGUGGUUCUGGAGAGUCCGGUCCUUCCUGUGAUGGAGGGAGAUGCUGUGACUCUGAGCUGCAGAACCAAGACAGAUGCCUCUCACCUCACAGCAGAUUUCUAUCAAGAUGGCCGCCGUAUCGGGACCAGUUCCACCAGGAACAUGACCAUAGAAAGUGUUUCCACGUCCCAUGAAGGACUCUACAAGUGCAGCAUCUCUGGAGCUGGAGAAUCACCACAGAGCUGGCUGGCUGUCAGAGCCAGUCCUGUCCUGCUGGAGAGUCCGGUCCUCCCAGUGAUGGAGGGAGACGCUGUGACUCUGAGCUGCAGAAACAAGACGUCCUCCAGCCUCCCAGCUGUCUUCUAUAAAGACGGCCUCUUCAUUGGCAGCAGCUCUGCAGGAAACAUGACCGUCCACAGUGUCUACAAGUCCCAUGAAGGACUCUACAAGUGCAGCGUCCCUGGAGUUGGAGAAUCAGCAGGAAGAUGGCUGGCUGUUACAGCUCUUCACAGAGAGACUUGUCCCUCCUGGGAUCACUCCAUUUAUCUCCUCCUCCUCUUGAGGACGGUGUUCACCAUAGUGAUGGUGGCUCUGCUGCUGCUGCUGGUGGGACUGCUUCACUGUGGGAAACUCACAGUUACACAAAAAUAG